AGGAUGGCUUCCUCCGCUCCCUCGUCCUCCAACGACGCUCCGGACCCCACCCCGACUAAUUUACGACCCACAACCUACGACUCGUGGUGUGGCGUGGCGCACGGGUGCACCAGGAAGAUCGGGCUGAAGAUAUGCGGGUUCCUGCAAAGGACCAACAGUCUGGAAGACAAGGGCCGGAUCGUGAGCUCCCUGAAGGAAAGGCGGUCCUCCAAGAGCCUGCUGGCGUGUGAGAACAGCGAGAAGGAGUCCAGGUUCCGGCGCACCGAGACAGACUUCUCCAAUUUGUAUGCUAGAGAUUUGCUGCCCGCCAAGAACGGCGAGGAGCAGACCAUGCAGUUCCUGCUGGAGGUCGUGGACAUCCUCCUCAACUACGUGAGGAAGACGUUUGACAGAUCCACCAAAGUGCUGGACUUUCACCAUCCGCACCAGCUCCUGGAGGGCAUGGAGGGCUUCAACCUGGAGCUCUCGGACAACCCCGAGUCCCUGGAGCAGAUCCUGGUGGACUGCCGGGACACACUCAAGUACGGGGUGAGGACAGGUCAUCCGCGCUUUUUCAAUCAGCUCUCCACAGGACUGGACAUCAUUGGCUUGGCUGGGGAGUGGUUGACAUCGACUGCUAACACAAACAUGUUUACAUAUGAAAUUGCCCCUGUUUUUGUUCUCAUGGAACAAAUAACACUUCGAAAGAUGAGAGAGAUUAUUGGAUGGUCGAAUAAAGAUGGUGACGGAAUAUUCUCACCUGGAGGAGCUAUUUCCAACAUGUACAGCAUAAUGGCUGCACGCUACAAAUAUUUCCCUGAAGUCAAAACCAAAGGCAUGGCCGCAGUCCCUAAACUGGUUCUCUUUACCUCAGAACAUAGUCACUACUCAAUAAAGAAAGCUGGAGCUGCACUUGGAUUUGGAACAGACAACGUGAUUUUGAUAAAAUGCAAUGAAAGAGGCAAAAUAAUACCAGCUGAUUUGGAAGCAAAAAUUUUGGAAGCGAAACAAAAGGGAUACAUUCCUCUCUUUGUAAAUGCAACCGCAGGCACAACAGUAUACGGAGCCUUUGAUCCAAUACAGGAGAUUGCAGAUAUAUGUGAAAAAUAUAACCUCUGGCUCCAUGUAGAUGCUGCUUGGGGAGGUGGACUCUUAAUGUCCCGAAAGCAUCGUCAUAAAUUGAAUGGAAUAGAAAGAGCCAAUUCAGUCACUUGGAAUCCACACAAGAUGAUGGGAGUAUUGUUGCAAUGUUCCGCCAUUCUGGUCCGGGAGAAGGGUAUACUUCAAGGCUGCAAUCAGAUGUGUGCAGGAUAUCUCUUCCAGCAAGACAAACAGUAUGAUGUAUCCUAUGACACAGGAGAUAAGGCAAUACAGUGUGGUCGACAUGUGGACAUUUUCAAAUUCUGGUUGAUGUGGAAGGCAAAGGGUACAGUAGGAUUUGAAAAUCAGAUCAACAAAUGCCUGGAACUGGCAGAAUAUCUCUAUACUAAAAUCAAAAACAGAGAAGAAUUUGAAAUGGUUUUUGAAGGAGAGCCAGAGCAUACAAACAUAUGUUUUUGGUAUAUUCCACCAAGUCUCAGGGGCAUGCCAGACUGCGAUGAGAGACGAGAAAAGUUACACAGGGUGGCACCGAAAAUCAAAGCACUGAUGAUGGAGUCAGGUACUACCAUGGUUGGAUAUCAGCCACAGGGUGAUAAAGUCAACUUCUUCCGAAUGGUCAUCUCAAACCCAGCAGCGACGAAGUCUGACAUAGACUUCCUCAUUGAGGAAAUAGAGAGACUGGGGCAGGAGCUGUAG